AUGUCCGACAGCUCCAAGGCCCCGAGGAUCGCGAUCAGCUUCGGCGGCUCUUCGAGUUCAAAAACCACCAACAACAAUCAGAAGAAAUCCUCGCGUCCAGAACCGCCAUCAUCACUAGGCAAGCGUUCGCGCACGAAUGCGCUGGCCCACGGUUUCGACUCUGACUCGGACGACGACCGCGAUCGCCGCGGAAGACACGAGAAGAUCACAGAGUUUGGCGGCGAAAGCGAGAAGAAGGAAAAGAAGCCCCGCGAGCUGGUAAUUAAGAGCCAGAGCAACCGCAACUGGAAAGACGAGUUGCGCGCGCGCAGGGGCGGGAAGAACCUGCUACCCGCGGAGGCGCAGGCGCAACGCAACGGCGCGCAGGAACCCGAGACCGAGCCCGCGGACGCGGAUAAGCAGAUACAAUGGGGCUUGACCGUCAAGAAACGCAAGACCAGCGAAGAGGCAGACGAGGACUCGCGACAACCUGAGAAGGACGACCGGCGGUCUGUGGAGGCGGAAGAGAAGAAGGCACCCCGGACAGCAGACGACGACGCCAUGGAUGCUCUACUGGGCAAGAAGCGCCCCGAGGACGACAUGGUCAUUCCUGCCACGGAAGAAGACGCCUACCUCGCCGAUAUGAAGCACGUGGGCGAGGACUCGACGAUCGCGGACUACGAUGCGAUUCCGGACGGGGAGUUCGGCGCGGCUUUGCUGCGCGGCAUGGGAUGGGACGGCAAGAUGCGCGGGCCGAACAAGAAGAGGCCGACGGAGAGGCGUCAGAACCAGCUGGGCUUGGGUGCGACGAAGCUCGAGGGUGUUGAGGAUCUGGGCCAGUGGAACAGCGGUGGGAAGAAGAAGAGCAGCCGGCCAAGGCUGGAUGAGUACCGUCGCGGCGAGGAGAAGAAGCGAGCUGAGCGCAGAGAACGGAGGGGCGAGAGCCACAGAGAUGAGAGGGAUAGGGACAAGGAAAGGGAUCGUGAGGAUAGGGACCGAUACUCACAUCGGGAUAGGGACCGAGAGAGAGAUCGGGACCGAGAGAGAGAUCGGGACCGCGAUUAUCAUAGCCACAGGCACCGUGAUUCAAGAAGAUGA